AUAAAAACCAAGCCCGAGUAUAAUGGUGCACAUUACGCGAACACACUCGAAUGUGCCCCAUUUUGAAAAAGACAUCUGUUCAGUGUGUCACGGCUGUGCUGUUGGGAAGGAGUACACCUUUCCUCGACCAGUAACUCGAUCGAAAAUGAUGUAAUCGGAUCGUUUUCCGGUCACCGUUUAUCUUGAAGUUGAAAUAUUAGAUCGGGACGUUAAAAUUGUGAUAUUUAAGAUUAUACGCGACGCAGUGAAUCAGUGACGAAAAUUUUUUUGUAGACGCACAAAACGAAAUAUUUCGAUAAAAGCAUUCCGCGUCUAACGAUUUAAAUGUGCAACAACGGAUUUCGAUUCCUUGCACAAAUUGUGAUACAAUAAACGCGUAGUGACAAAUGUUCGACCGGAAUUUUAAAGCAAAAUUGCUGAAAAAUGGAAAAUAGUUUGGAUUUAACCCGUGAAAAUUUGACGAGCAUUUGUAGGCUAUGCCUGAAAGUGCCGAAAAUUUCAAUCAGUAUUUUUGAUCGAGUCGAUCCAAAUCCAAAUAAAAAGCCAUUGAAAGACCGAAUAUGGGCUAUGUAUUCGGUGAAGGUGUCUCCGAACGAUGGUCUGCCGACAAACAUAUGUCACCGUUGCCUGUACCUGACAGAGAUGUACACGGAUUUCAGCGAAAGUGUUCGCCAGUGCGAAAUUAAACUGCAAAAUUUUAUAUCUUCUGCAUCGAUAGAAUUGGUGUCCAAUGCACCAAUUGCUGAAUGCGCAACAAACGGAUUAUUACCGUUGAAUGCCAACGAUAGCGUUACCGUUAUCGAUCCGUCGAAAGAGUACCAGAGUACUGAUGACGAAAGCUCUGCGUCGGACACGGAAAUUUUCACGACACCAUUACCGCCGGCUAAGCAACAGAAUGCAAAGGUGAAUCGGUUCAAGGCCCAGCAAAUUAAAAACGUUUUCUUCUGCGAAUUUUGUGAUAAGGCAUUCGUCAGUCAGGAGGAAUGUCUCAGACAUCAAUUAACCAGCCACGAUCAACAGAAUCCCCAUAUCUGCACGUUUUGCACAUUCCAAUGUGCAUCGAGAAACACGAUCAUUGCCCACAUUAAGGAAUGCCAUGAUCUGAAGCCAUUCCUGUGUACACAGUGCCACAAAAAGUUUGGAAGACGGUCGGACCUGCGCAAACAUUCGGUUGUACAUACAGGAAUACGGCCGUUUAGUUGCAAGAUCUGUAGCAAGAACUUUUCGCGAAACACCAACCUCACCAAACACAUGCGAAUCCAUGAUAAAGAUCAAAUCAAACGAGACGAUCAACUGGCCAGUACCUCACGCAACCGUAACGACGCCGAGAAUAUGGUCAUUUCGCUGGACCCAUUCAAUGAUCAAGAUUCGAAUGUGGACGAUGACAGUCACUUGAAGGCUCUACCGUUACGCAGAAACGUUGCAUUCAACCAGCCAGAAUCUAUUCCGGUAGUUCUACAGCAAAACUAUCACAUGAAUCCAGUUCCAAUACCGCCAGUUCCACCUAGUCUCCCACCAAUUCACAUGUCACUUCCGAAUCCAAUCAACAUCCCAGCACCAAAGCCCAGCAUACCAGUGCCCGUUCAAUCAAUCGAUCCCAUCGAAAUAGAACCGGAACCAGAGACAAGCAUUUCGUUAUUGUACAAGGGAAGUGUACCAUCGGAUGCGGUGGAUUUUGCCCGUCACGUGACUGGCGAUGCAGUUACAUUCAUGCCAAAUAAGUCGAACAAAGAACCAGUCGUCAAGCCGAAAACAUUCUGUUGCACCAGUUGUCCCAAGAAAUUUGCGACGCAGUCGUCACUGUUGAAUCACCGAAACAUUCAUUUGGACAUUCGGAAUCAUGUGUGUGUUGUUUGUAAUAAAUCCUUCAUCCGGAAGAGAGAACUCGAUCGCCACUCCACCAUUCACACCACAAACCGCCCAUUUGCCUGCAACAGUUGUCCCAAAAAGUUUGGAAGGAAAGACAAAUUGGUGCGACACGAGAAGACGCAUUUGGAAUAUUUCUGUCCAAAAUGCCAUUUAGCAUUCAACCGCAAAGAUGCAAUGCUCUUGCACCUGAAAAUGCACGAGAGUACCGACAAUGCCGCAAAAGAUGAGCUGUUGCAUGCAAACAUUAGAUCGCAAAACGAAUUGCUCAAUCCAAUGGCGUUCGUUCGACCGAGAAACGAAUAUGAGGCUCCGAUGAAUUUAAUUGUAACCGAACAAUCGAGCGUCCAGCCGAAAAUGUAUACGCCGUGGCCGAAUUUGGGCCUACACGAUAAUUACGUACCUUUUCAGUAGUGGAAGAAGAUUUAUAAGACAAAGAAAUGCGAAAAAAAGGGAAAAAAAUUGUUCAUUUAAGUGCGGAAGUGACCACUACACUGAAAUCAUUCUCGUUAAGCUGUGCUCUGAAAUUAAGUCAAUGUUUAAUUUCGUUUCAUUAGAGUCAGGAAAUAAACAGCUCCAACAUUCAUUAGAU